AUGUGCCCCCUUCUAAUACCCUUUCUGAGCCCCAGCCUCAGCUCCAGUCCCAACUACAUCCUCUCUCUGAACCCCAGCCACUACCCCAGCCUGAUACCCUUCCCCAGCCUUGGCCCCAGCCUCAGACCCUACCCCAGCCUGAUACCCUUUCUGGUCCCCAGCCACUACCCCAGCCGGAUAGCCUUCCUGAGCCCCAGCACCUACCCCAGCCCGAUACCCUUCCUGAGCCCCAGCCCCUACCCCAGCCAUGAGCUGGGCAGUACAGGCAGAGAAAGAGGGAGGACGGAGAGAGAGACAGGCAAAGACAUAAGAGAAAAGGUUCCAGCAGACAGAAUGCCAGAUCGACUGCUGACAAUGAGGGAGAUUUUGGAAACUGAGGACCACUCCAGCCCGGGUAACUCAGCGAAGCAGAAGGCCUGUAUGUUCUACCGUUCCUGUAUGGACACUGGCCCCACAGAGACCGCCGGGCCAGAACCUUUCCUCAGGCUAGUCCACAAGCUGGGUGGCUGGGCUGUAUCAGGCCAGUGGAACCAGACAGAUUUCAACUCCACUCUGUCUCUACUGAUGAGAGACUAUGGCACCUUCCCAUUCUUUAGUGUUUAUGUGGGCAAGGAUCCUAACGACACUCAAGGAGACAAGCGAUACAUACAGGUCAGUUAGACUGGGGUUCUGGGGCAGUGAAAUACCUAAUGGGUGUUCUACAGUAUAUACAGUAAUGGAUUAUAU